AUGACGGUGUUGUCACGGGUGCUUCUGGGUGCAGCGGUGGGAAGUGUGAGUGCGGCAUUUAACAUAGCGUGGUGUGAUUCAUCAUUGCAAAGCGGUUCUGUGCUUUCUGUAAACAGUUUACUGCCUGUGGAUGAAAUUAUUAGAGCGGAUGGAAAGAACGCCAGUCUUAAGUCUUGGGGUGUUCCGUGGGUUGAGGAUUGGGACUGUCUUGAGGCGAAGGACGGAGCGGCGGGAAAAAGUUCGGGGCAUAAACGCCAGCUGAUUUUGAUACGUCACGGGCAAUACCAAAAUGAGAAGAGUAGUGAUGACCGGCAACGCACUCUUACUCAACUUGGGGAGGAACAGGCGAGACUCACCGGAAGGUAUUUGUGGCAGGCGUUUCAGCAGAAACGUUUGGUGAAGGAACUGGGUAGUGAACCGGCGCUUGGGGUUGAUAACUUCAUGGGCGGGUUGUUGCGUUUCCAUGAGCCGAAAGAAAUCUACGUCUCGGAUAUGACUCGUGCUCAGCAAACUGUCAAACUCAUAACGGAAGCUUUUCCCUACCACAUACGUGCGCGAGUAAAAACUGAUCCCAUUCUUAGGGAGCGGUAUCCCUGUGACCCUCAGCCGCCGCAUAAGCACCGAUCUGCAGCGCACAGCGACAUGUUAGCGGUGGAGGAGGUGUUCAAAAAAUAUUUUCAUAGACCCUUAAAGGACGAGUCGUCUGUCGAGGUUAUUGUGGGACACGCCAAUGUCAUUCGGUAUUUGGUGUGCCGCGCACUGCAGUUGCCCCCAGAAGCGUGGCUGCGCAUUUCGCUUCCCCACUGUAGCAUCACAAGUCUCGUGAUUGGUGCAAACGGUCACGUCAGUUUAUCUUCGCUUGGGUCGGCAGGGCACCUGCCCGUCGACAUGGUCACAACUCAUAACGUUCCGUAA